GAGAACUGGAAGCAGUCUUCAGGUGCCGAGCAAAAGGGAAGGUUCCACGCUCCUCGACCUCCGUUUCACAUUUAUUUUAUUCAGUCUCAACUUUUUUUUUUACUUUUCCUAUUUCAUUGCUACUUUACAUUUCCCAUCCUCUCAGCACAGCCCAAUAACACUCAUGUAAUUAUCGUUAAUUUGAAUACACACAUAUUCCGUCCGUCAAAAAACUAAUGCACAGCUGAACGAUAGCUAAUAUUUUUUCCUGUAUUGCUUCGCAAAAAUCGUGAAAAUAGGGAUUGUACUGUUAUUCAAAUUGCUACUAUUUUGCAAAACGCAAAACCGUUCCAUGUUUUGUUUUGCUACCUGUGGAGCAACAUUAGUCGGUGCUUUGGAAGAAUUUAUCAGUAUUCAAUCCUGAUUGUUCAUUCAUUAUUCGCGUUCUGGAAAGGUCAAGACAGAAACUUGUGAACCUGUGGGUUAAAUCGGAGAUCAGUCAAAUGGUUCCAGAGGAGUAAGGUAGAGAACUUUUUACAGAAAAGAAGUAGAAAAAUGGUGAUUCCGAAUUCCACUUCGGCCAGCAACGUUAUGAUGUUGUCACCGGACAAACUCGUCGUAUUUGGAUCGCAGGGUAUCUCCAAAGCUUCUCCCACCCCGUAUUCGGAUGCUACACAGACAAAGAAACAUCCACCGAACCACAUCAAACGGCCAAUGAAUGCUUUUAUGGUGUGGUCAAGAGAGAUGCGACGUGAAAUUUGCGAGAAGAGUCCUGACAUUCACAAUGCCGAGAUCUCCAAACGCUUGGGGCGAGAAUGGAAGAUGCUGUUGGAGUCAGAGAGGAAGGCAUACAUAGAUGAAGCAGAACGGCUUAGAGUUUUACACGCUCAAGAAUACCCGGACUACAAAUACAGACCGAAAAAGAGGAGCAAAAGUGGAUCAGAAAGCGCUUGUUCCUCACCUGCCCAGUCCCCAGCAAAGUCUCCAAGAAAAGUCUCUCGAAUAUGCAUAGACUCCCGAGAUGUUACCACUCCAAGGAAAAAAGCUGCACGCUCCAAGUCAUUCGCUGCUUGCCAAUCUCCAGGAAUUUCAAGUACCUUUGAGACACCCAAAAAACAAACCGUCUCUCACAUGAAUGCAUUUAGUCGCACAUCCAGCAUCUCCUCUCCUGGAUCUCCCCCCUUGAACCGAAUUCACAUAGUCACGUCUACCAUUAAGACUCCUCCUCCAGAGUCUUUCAAUGUUCACUUCAAAAUUGACAAACAGUUUAAAGAUUCGGUUCACAAGCAAGUUGGGAGUGCUAUUGCUCAUUUGACUCCGCCAUUGGCCUUGGCAAAAGUACCCGAAUCUCCAUCGUCUCCUGACUCCCCAGAAAGCGCAUCCAUGUACGAAGAGGAUUCGGUUUCUUCGAGUAGUGGGGGUCAUCAUUCCUCAAAGGCUCCAAAACCGACAGGAACUUGUGACACUUCCAGGAGGAGUCUCCAAUCAGUUCUCGACGCAAUUCCAAGUGGCCCAGGUGUACAAACAUUAUCCUAUCUCCCCACAACAUCUUUUGCGGAAAGUUGUCCAACAAGUUUCACCAAUUAUUAUCCUACGGUAUCGGAGGAGCCAUGCAAACUGGAGCCAGGCUCACCACCCCCAACCCAGAUACAACUUGACCUAUAUAAUCCCCCGAACGAAGAAGCAGCCUUGCUUGACGAUUUCUUGGACAUGCAUUUCAAAUUUGAAUCACAUCAAGAGACAUCAGAAACGAUCGAGGUGUCCGAAGAUCCGAUGGACCCUUGGAGAAGCGUUUGGGACAAUAAUAUCCCCACUUCAGGACUUGAUUUCAACUUUGACACUGUUGGCGUCAACGCCUGCAGCAAUACAGGCCGUCUCAUAUGGCACUGAAUCGAGGACCAACUCUGUUCUGUUCAUCGAAUGUAACAGGCUUGUAAAUUAUAAUAUAUGUUUCAUUUCUCUAAAAUUCGACCAAAGUUCGAUAAAAAUGUGUCCGUCAGACAUUCAAAUGUGAUUAUUACAAAUUUUGACUGAUUGCUCCAAAUAUCCGGUGAAUUUGUUACAUUUCAAAAUUUGGUAUAAUAUUUGCACACAUUCGUAUUACUUGUUGGCAAACUAUCACAUUGCAUCAAGUAUUUCAUUAUCUUUUUAUAUAUUUGCGAAAACAUAAAUGUUUGCCUCAUAAGUCGCCAGCAUUUAUUUGCUGAAAACGCAAAAUCAUGAUGAGUUUGUUGAACGAUUCGAUCAGUUGUUUGUACUUUAUUUUGUUCAACCUGUGUAAUGUUUUACAAGUCAUUCACAUUUUGUGUCACCUUGGUUGGAUUCAGAAUUUAUUGUUGAAUCAGCAGAAUGUUUUUCCAUGCCGCUUCGGUUGAACUGUGGUGUGUGGAGGCAAACCUCUGCUGCAUCUCACCAAUUCAUCAUCCAUUCACAUAACAGCCAGGUGCAAAGUAUUAUCCACAAAACUAAUUGAAAGCUAUGCUAAUACAGUCUGUCCACGUGAAUGCUUCUUCUAAUAUAUAGUAAUAUUCACUCUGAUUCACCAUAUAUGAAUAUGAUGCCAUGCUUAUGUAAAGGCACUAGUGAGUGAUUCAUAGACGGCCAUGCACAUAUUUUAUGGUUUUGCACUAUAUAUGUAAUUACACAUAACUUUUUUAAAAAAGAAAAAAAACCCUUGUAAUUUUAUGUAAUGAAGUUGUUGGUCAAACAAAGGUACCUUCCAAAUUGUAGCUAAACCUGUAAAAAUAUAAAACAUACAAAUAUAUGAGUCAAGUCUUUUUUACCACUUUAGUACUUUAGUUUUGAUUGUCUAUUAGUAUGCAAUGUCAGUCGGUAGGGAACUUGCAGAUAAUUGAGAUAUUGAGGUACAACAGAAGGAGUUCGGAAUCCCAUUUCAUAAUAUUAUACUUAAUUUAUAUCAAUUACCGCAACCUCACAAAUAAUUAUUAUAACAAAGUACUAAAUACACAUAUACUAAUAAUAUUAUAAAUAUCUACAAUUAUCAGAUUUCGCUUGUUAAUAAUUAUCAAAAAGUUGUGAUGCUGAGGAUGAGCGAGUAAAUAUGCGUAAACCCACGGACCAAUAUAAAUGAGCGUAUUACAUAUUUCCUUGCUAAAACCUUUUUUUAUUUUCCGUCUCAACGAGAGGUUAGAGUGAAAAAUAGUUGGCAGGGCUCAUAUUCUAAUUUGAGGAAGGCAUGGGAGUUGAUUGAGGAGACGAAACAGGAAGAGUGUGAAAUUGGAAUUGAUAUAUGUAUUAAGCAUUUGAGUGAGUAGAGUUUUGUAUGUGUCUGCAUGUAUUAUGUACAUGCUGUUCACCUUGAAGUUUGGAAGCUAAUUAGAGGUAACUCCUUGCGAGAUAGAUAGAUAUUGUUUGCUUUACUUGCUCCUAUGUAAAUGUGAGAUAUGAAUCCGCAAACCAUUAUUAAUUUAUGCCAUCAUCCCGGCUUCCUGAUUGUUUUAUAUACACAUUAUAUACACAUAUUGCAUAUUUAGCUGUUAUAUUUUCUCCAGAGAUUUUGAAUGCAUAAAUUGAAAUUAUAUUGUUAAAUAGUUGCAUAUGUAUCUAAAGUUUCAUUUCAUACUUGCGUGGAUAUAGUUAUUUAGUUAUUGAAGAUGUGGGUGUCGGAUUUGGUGUCUUAUUAUUAUGAACACCACCAACACUGGUAGACAUAACGCAUUUAUUACCACUUGUGGAAUUGUUCACGAUCGUUUGUCUAAGACAAGAGUAACUUCUUGGUAUUAGAAACUUUCAUGCUUUCCCAAGCUAUGGUGUAUCAUAGUAGUUUUAAGGUUUUAUAAAUUGCAAUGUACGUUACGUUUUACAUUUUUAUACACUUUUACAUUUGUUGUUGGUCAGUUGGUCAAUAUAAAUAUACAUAUUUACGUUCUGCUCUUUUCUGAAAGGCCUCCAUAAGUUUACUUCUUGUACACAUUGGUACGCAAUUUUAUUUAUAUAGUUGUUAAUCUUGUUGGGUAGUUAAUAUUUACAUACUUGGAUAAACUAUUCCUGGCAACGUUAUAAAAUGCCUAUACGCUUAUUCUACAAAUUAAUAUAGAAAAUAUAAUCUUAUUGUGUUAAAUUGUAAUAAAUUUAAGUACGGUGCUCCGUAAUGACAUGCAAGACUUCCACAAAAGUUGCCUUUCGUAGCCCUUUACUAAUUAAUUGGCCUAACUCUUGUAUAAUAUGAAAUUGCUUUCCCAUACAAAAAACAUACAUAAAAUGUAUUACAUUUUUUCUAAGUCAUGAGGAAUGUUACAAUUUCAUAUUGUCAUAAUCGACUUCGCAACUACAAGAAAUGUACACACAUAAUAAAUAAAUAUAUAUGGGCACAAUACUUUAUGGAGUCACCGGCGACUACCAACACACAAACACAGAAUACUGUACAACCUCCUCUUCGAAACGAAUAUCGAACCGCAUUGCAGUACAGAAACAAAAACAGUAACAGUAUAUAUAUAACUGAUUAAUUAGCCACGUUGGAGAAUGUACCGAUUUGUACACCUGGAACCAUUUACGCUUUGUAUCUUUUCAUAGAUUUUAUUUAAAUUACUCCGUGUGCAUUCUGUGGUCGUGUGUUAUUAUUGGUACUUUUGAAAAUAAAUUAUUUUAUACUCAAAGUAAAAGUAA